AUGGCGGAACCUCUUCUACCCGAGACCUACGGCACGAUGCCACGGUAUCCCGCCCACGACAACUCCGUAUUCCCAUCCUCAUUACGAGGGAAGCGCAUCCUGCUCUGCACCGAAUCCUUUGGCCCCGUCAACGGCGUCAGCCGGACAACGUUGAUGCUCGUCGAGCACCUGCGAUCUCACGGCGCACUCGUCGCCGUCGUCGCGCCUCACAACCACACCCAGCACAACACCUUUUCUCCCACAACAAAAGAUGACAGCCAGGUCGAAGUGCGGCUUCAAGGAUACCCGUUACCUUUCAACCCAGAGCUCUCCGUCGUAUACCCAGUGCGGGUAUCGGCCCUCUUCGCGAGAACUUUUGGGUCAGAUAGCCCGGCCGACCUCAUCUACCUCGCGUCGCCGGCAUCUCUGGGCUUCCAGGUCAUGCUGCAGCUCCGACAGCAGCCCAAGGAAGAACGGGUGCCGGUGAUCUGCAACUUUCAGACCGACCUGGCGGGGUACUGCGCUAUCCUCUUCCCUCACCCGUUCAGCACCAUGGCCGUCUUUGCUUUUGCAAUGGUCCAGAGCUUUCUGUUCCAGCAUGAGUCGGUCAAGACCAUCUUCUACCCGUCCCGAUUCGUGCGCAAAUAUCUCGAGGCCCAAGGGGUCCAGAGCUCCAAGCUAGAAGUGCUGCGACGAGGCGUCAAGACGGAGGUGUUCCGGCCGGAGAUGCGCAGCGAGGCAUUGAGGAAGCAGAUCGCCCCGGACGGAGAGAUCAUCCUGAUAUGUGUCUCUAGGGUGGCGGGUGAGAAGGGGUUUGACUUCCUCGCCAAGGCAGUAAAGGAGCUCGAUGCAAGGGGUCUCCGCUUCAAGCUCUACGUCGUCGGCGGGAACCGUAAUGCAGAAGUGGAAAGGGAGGUUCAUGAAAUGUUUGAUCCUUUGAGAGAACAGGGCAAGGUCAUCUUCGCCGGGUUCAAGACCGGGGACGACCUGGCAACGGCGUAUGCAUCGGGCGACAUUUUCCUCCACUGCUCCGUCACGGAAACAUUCGGCUUGGUCGUCCUAGAGUCGAUGGCAAGCGGCGUUCCGGUGGUCGCCCGAGAUGAGGGCGGGCCGAGCGAUAUCAUCGACAAUGGCCGCUCGGGAUACCUUGUACCGCCCAACGACCUGGACACAUUUGUCGACAAGGUCAUGUACCUCUCCAAAGACAGAGACUGUCGAGAGGUAAUGGCCGCACAAGCUCGAGCGAUGGCAUGCGAGGCUACCUGGGAGAAGAUCAACAACCAGGUCGCCUGGAGGAUGAUUGACACGAUUGAAGAGCGAGAGCGAGAGAGAGCCCAGGUUACCCAUCAACGGGCGUCCAUCGCUAUGCAAGCCAGCCAGCUUGUGCCAAUAUACAGCUGGCUGCUGAUGAACAACGCCAUGCGCGACGUUGUGGUGGGUAGGAUGGUAGAUGCCAAGCUCAUUGGCGGGUUCGGCGUCGUCAUGACUUUCUGGUUCUUGACGGGGAUGUAUCUGGCGUUUACUGAGGCGGCUCUAUGGGCCAAGGGCAUAUUGCCACGGUAUCGGGGUCAGCGAGUGGCAGAAUAG